AUGUUACUAUUAUUACUUUAUCUUUUAUUGUAUUUGUCUGCUACGGCAACUUCCAAGGCCAUUAGUGGAAUAUUUACUUCAUUCGAUUCCUUGGAAUGGAAAGGUAAUGGAUAUCCUCAAGAACCUCACAGCAAAAGCUGGUUUGUAACUAUGUCGUGGAGAAUAGAUGGUUCUCAGGCAGCUGCUGGAGACACUUUCAAAUUGACCUUACCUUACGUCUUCAAAUUUACAACUACUGACAGCUCAGUUGACUUGAAAGUAGAUCAAACUAGCUAUGCAACUUGUAAGUUCCAACCUGGUGAAACCCUUAUCGAAUUUUCUGAAUUAGAAUGUAUAAUGUUAUCUUCCGUUGUUCCCACCACCUACGCUAUCGGCACCAUUACAUUUUCCAUGGUGUUUGCAUGUGGUGGAUCGUUAUUUCCUAUUGAACUUAAAGCUGCAAGUCAAUUCGACCAAGGGGUUAAUGAGAUCAGCUUCUGGGAUGGCAAAAACCAGCUUUCAAUCCAAACGACAUUUGCAAAAUCAGCUGCCAUGGACAACCUUGUCUACAAGAAUAGAGGACUACCUGUUCUUAACAAAGUGAGUUUACUAGCAGGAGCAGGAACUUGUCCAUAUGGCUAUUUGAGUGGUACACUUGGGAUGACUAUAGAAACUAGAAAUAUUCAGCUUGACUGUUCAAAUAUACACGGUGGAAUAUCUAAUGAUUUGAAUCCGUGGCAUUUGCCUAAAAGCAUAUCAACUGAUUUCGAUUUUACCUUGAGCUGUCUGACCUACAAAGUCACCAUGAAUUACCAGAAAAUUCCCGAAGGAUACAGACCAUUCUUAGACUCAUUAGGAAAAAUUACUGGAGCAGGUUUUCAGGAUAUAAAGUACGAAAAUUACUUUAGAUGCAGCGAUGAAAGAUGGCUUGAAAAAGGUUGGACAAUAUCUUGGGAUCCAAAGGAACUCGGGCUUACAGGAUCAGAUGGUUGGGAUGUAGUCUAUACGACUAGUACUUGGACUGGUCUGUAUACACAGUUGACAACAAUGCCUUUUAGUACAGGAAUAGACAAGACAAUGACAAUAAUUGUACAAGUUCCGGACACUACUGCUGAAGUAGAGCCUCCGCCAACAUCUUCAACUGAAUUCUAUCCGGAAGAAAGUUCAUCUGAUAUGGUGUUUGAAACAGGAAAGACUUCUAGUUUUCUGUCCGAAAGCAACCCGAUUGAGAGACCAAGUUCAACAGAUAUAUCCUCAUCCAUUGAAUUUAUUUCUACAUACACCCAAGACUCAGAUGAUACUGCUAUUGAAGCAACGAUUGCAAAUAGUGAUCUUGACAACUCAAACUCAAUGGUAGAAUCCCAUAGUUCAUCUGUACUCGAAGAUGAAGCUACAUCAACACUCACAUUUCCAGAUUCUACACCACUUGAAACAGAUUCAGAUAAUUCGCUGCAAACAUUCGAAACAAUGAAUUCGCUAUCCGGUGAGACCUUAUCGGCUAGCAACGUCUUCCAAACACCAACUGAACCUGGAGAAUUUACUACGACCAUUGGCCAGUCCGAAGGAUUAAUCUCAUCGCUUGAAGAAGAACCAGUAGAAUCCUUGUCAUUGAAUGUUCCCGAUGACUCUAUUAGUGUUGAUGCUGAAGAAACUAACAAUUCCUUCAGAAAUACUGAUGUCCAAACCCAAUAUUCUUAUGAAUCAAUAGACUCAACCAUUACAGCUGAACUAGAAAGUCAGACAACAGUCACCGGAGAAUCAUCUUUGUUGGAUCAAUCAGAUAUUUUUUCUGAUCAAUCAGACCUGCAUAUUACAAGUGAUUCCGCAAUACCAGAAAAUUCAGAACCAACAAUAGUCGUCAGCACAGCUCCGAACGAAUCUUCAGCUACUACCACAGAUACUAGUAAUAGCAAUUCAGCUGAAAAAUCACAUUCAGAUAAUUUCACUGAUGAAAGUACAGGAUUAUCAAAUAUUUCUACAGGUACCAAUGAUGAAGAACACGCAAGUACAGGAUUUAGUGAUACUGAAGAGAAUACCAAUUCAUUGAAUACCGACCAAGGUGCAACCAGAACGGAACCAGACUCAACAAUUAAGGUAACCGAAUCCGACGAUGGUGGUGAAUCAAAUUGGAAUACCAAUGAUGAUGCAUCAAGAACAGAAUCAGAUUCAGAUGUCAAGGCAACCGAAUCCAAGGAUGGUGGUGAAUCAAAUUGGAAUACCAAUGAUGAUGCAUCAAGAACAGAAUCCGAUUCAGAUGUGAAGGCAACCCAAUCCAACGAUGGUGGCGAAUCCAUUUGGAAUACCAAUUCAUUGAAUACCGACGAAGGUGCAACCAGAACAGAACCAGACUCAACAACUAAGGUAACCGAAUCCGCCGAUGGUGGUGAAUCAAAUUGGAAUAGCAAUGGUGAUGCAUCAAGAACAGAAUCAGAUUCAGAUGUCAAGGCAACCGAAUCCAACGAUGGUGGUGAAUCCAUUUGGAAUACCAAUUCAUUGAAUACCGACGAAGGUGCAACCAGAACAGAACCAGACUCAACAACUAAGGUAACCGAAUCCGCCGAUGGUGGUGCAACCAGAACAGAACCAGACUCAACAAUCAAAGCAACAGAAUCGAAGGAUGGUGGUGAAUCAAAUUGGAACAGUAAUUCAUUCAAUACCGAUGAAGCUGCAUCCAGAACAGAACCAGACUCAAUAGUCAAGGCAACCGAAUCCGACGCUGAUGGUGAAUCUGCAGAGAACACUAAUUCACUGAAUACCGACGAAGGUGCAACAAAAACAGAACCAGACUCGACAAUCAAGGUAACCGAGUCCGACGACGGUGGUGAAUCAAAUUGGAAUACUAAUUCAUUGAAUACCAAGGAUGCUGCAACCAGAACAGAAGCUGACUCAACAGUCAAGGCAACCGAAUCCGACGAUGAUGGUGAAUCUGCAGAAAAUAACAAUUCAAUGAGUACCAAUUCAUUGAAUACCAAUGAUGCUGCAUCCAGAAGCGAAUCAGAGUCAGCUAACAGUGCAACUGUUUCCAACGAUGGUGGUGAAUCAAAUGAGAACAGUAAUUCAUUGAAUACCGCUGAUGAUGCAUCCAGAACAGAAUCAGACUUAACCAUCAACCCAACUGUAUCCAACGACGGAGGCGAGUCAAUUGGGAACACUUAUUCAUUGAAUACCAAUGAUGCUGCAUCCAGAUCGGAAUCAGACUCAAUCAUUAAUGCAACUGCAUCGAAGGACGACUUCUCUUCUACUAUUAGAUCUCAGGCACAUAGUGAUGAAUCUUCAGGUGGAAAUUCUGAUUAUGCGAGGACAAACGCUUCUCUGGACACAACAACCAUCAGCCAACCAAGCACUGUCCAUGAUUCAUCAGAUAAGCAACCAACCAGCAGCAGGUCCAUUGAAUUAUCAUCAGUUAUCCAUACCGAGGAUCACUUAACUAGUCGAAGUCUCACAAGUUCAAAUUUGACUACCGUUAAAGCAGAACAAAGCUAUGAUUCAAAUGAUAGAAGCCAGUUAAGUACAUAUACCACAAUUGAUACAAUAGCUGAAACAGGUGGUGGCCAUUUAGGUACUUAUACAACAAUAGGUGAAACAAGCAGGGUCUGGCUGUCCGGUGGAGAUACAGGAAAUAACAGAGAAACUUCAAGAGAAGAAACACAAGGCGGUGUUGAUUCCAAUGUUACAGCUGAUGCAAAUGGUUUACGUUCUACAAGUGAAAAUGGUACUGGACAUAGAGGUAGUUCUGGAAGGACUGAAAGUGAACAGAAAGGAAAAGGUACGGGAACUAACGGAAAUCCUACGGCCGAUUCUCAACCCAAAGAAACAGCAAACUUGAAAGGUGAUGGUGAAUACAUUAAAUCUGAUACAGAAAGUACAUACCAAGUUGUAACAAGCAUGUUAGGCGAUCCAACUUAUGAAGCUCAAGAAAAUGGAGGAAGUAACAACCAUUCUAAGGGUCACCCGGACAACGACAACUUAUCAGGAAACGCGCAUGGUGACAAGUUAACUCUUUCAGCAUCAAAUGGAUUUGACGGUGAACUAGUAGAAGAUAAAGAAGAUGAAAUCCCCGCCAGCAGAAACCCAGAUGCAACGGACAUGAAUUCAGGGAUUACUACCACGAUGGGUGUUGGGACGACGCUUUCUAAAGUCUAUUCACGCUCAAUCACUGAACAUACAAUGCUAUCCUACAUUGAUGGAGGUCUAUAUUCUUACUAUUCAGAUAUCGUCUACAUUGUGUUGGCCAUCUUUUUCUAUGCCUUAUAA